UUUUUUAUUUUUACUUUAUUUUUUCAGGGUCGCUGCAAUAGAGAAAAACCCCCUUGCAAGUACUUCCACCCUCCACAACACCUCAAGGACCAACUUCUUAUAAAUGGUAGGAAUCACUUGGCGUUAAAAAAUGCACUUAUGCAGCAAAUGGGUCUUACGCCUGGACAGCCCUUGGUUCCUGGUCAAGUUCAAGCAGUGGCCGCAAACCCCUACCUGACUGGAAUGCCACAGGUUGGCAGUACAUAUAGUCCAUAUUUUGCUCCGGGUCCUAUAAUGCCUACGAUUAUGGGGCCGGAUCCUACCGGAGUCGGGUCGCCUUUGGGUGUAGUUCCACAAACAGUUGUAGCACAACAAAAAAUGCCUCGUUCCGAUAGACUUGAGGUGUGCCGCGAAUACCAGCGCGGGGCGUGCAAGCGAGCAGAGUCAGAAUGUCGCUUUGCGCAUCCCGCUGACUCUGUAACUGCCAACGAGGACGGCACUGUCACUGUCUGCAUGGAUGCAGUCAAGGGCCGCUGCAACCGCGACCCCUGCCGCUAUUUCCACCCCCCUCUGCACCUCCAAGCCCAAAUCAAGGCCGCACAGUCGCGGGCUAGCGCGCCCGCUGCCGUCUCGCCCUUGCUGGCGCCCCCCCAGGCUACUGCCGCCCUCGAAAUCGGCAAGAAGAGGCCCCGUGAGCCUAGCACCGCCGACACAGAUCUAUUACUGAUGGAUAUGAAAUCUGUUGGGUCAUUUUAUUAUGAUAGUUUUGCCUUCCCGGCCAUGAUGCCCUAUAAGAGGCCAGCGGCAGACAAAUCUGGUGUUCCUGUAUACCAACCAAAUGCAACCACUUACCAACAACUGAUGCAGUUACAGCAGCCAUUCGUGCCCGUGUCAUGUGCUGUGCCCCAAAACGCCCCUUUUGUGGUCUACACUGACGAGCAAGGACAGUUACUGGACACCCUCCCGGUGUGCCAAGAUUUUAAUCGAGGUUUAUGUAAUCGGCCUGCCUGCAAAUUUGUGCAUCUACUUGAAGGAGAUGGGGUAGAAGUGGUGGAGAAUCGAGUGGCCGUCUGCCGUGACGCUGCAAAGGGACAGUGUUCUCGUUCCACCUGUAAAUACUACCACAUCCCAGUUGCACUACCACCAGCACCCGUCAUGGCUGCCUUGGCCUCUUACCUGCAGUAGUCACAACGACAAACACCGAACCGUUUAUUUAUGUCAUGUUUAUAUAUAGAACUUUUUAUUAUUAUAUUGUAUAAUAGUCAUAUAAUGACAAAAAAUGUUUAUGUUACAUUAGUUUUUGAUUGAAUAGUGUAGUAAAAUAAGAUAUUCGAACGAGUGAAUGCCCUAUGUAAAACAAAAGUUGGUUAUAAUAUAAUUCUAUUGUUCUAUUUGAUAGAUAUCCUUAUACAGAAAUCGUAUCGCAUUGGACUUUUAAGUUUCACAAAAGUGUUUAUAUUCCUGUUCAUACGAAUGAACUUUUUCAAUCGUUUACUUCGUAACUGGUAAUCACUUACAUAUUGACUGUGACAGAUGCUUCGUGUCUGAUAUUAAUAAAAUAUGUGAUAGCAUAAUUUGGCUUGGUCUAAUUGAGAAAUUGAUUGAUGAUUUUUGAAACUCGUGAUAUUGGACAAUUUAUAUCUAAUUUUAUUCAUGGCCAGAUGCCUUUUCCGGUACGAAUUCUGCGUAGGGUUAAUACUGUCCCAUAGGUGCAUCAUGCCCUUCUAUAUUCAUUGUUAUAAAAGAACCUAAAACAUAACAAUAACAAAAUAACGUUUCACGGGUUCGACCCAGGCAGUGGGCCAUGAGUCACUAUAGUCAAACUGGGAGAUAUCUGGAGCGGUAUUAUUUGUUCCAGUAUAUUCUUAUUACUGUGUUAUUACAUUUUUUAGCUUUGUUUUUAUAUUACUGUGAUUUUAUACUGAUGUUAGACUUCAUGAUAUUUAAAUUUUUUUAUAUUUUUAAUUAACUUUGUUUCAUGUGUUUUUAUAAUAUACGUUUGAGUAAUAGGGUGGAGAGUUUAGUACGUACGGUUGAAAAAACUGGUCACCAUUGUAGUAAAACGGAGAAAUAAAAAAUACAAUGAUAUUUGACUACAUCCCCUAAAUUAUUCGUACACGAGAACUUUAUUUAUUUAUACGAAAGACUGUCGUCGAACACCUAUUAUGGUAUGGUAUGGCUCCCCAGACUUUAUGUUCUUUGCAUUUGCACAUACCCACCAAUUUCAAAUACAUAUUAAUAUUUAUUUAUAGGUAUUCCUCCUGUUUGCUGCAAUUGUGUUCGGUAUUGUUUCAUCCAAAUACUACAAACGAAUUAUGUAAUGAUGUAUGUGGAUGAUCAUUUUUAGGAUUUUCUAGUUAAAAAAUUCUUAAAAAUUUGACUGAAGCAAUUUUUUGCAUCAUGUUUACUAGUAUUUUUAUGUUGCCUGUGCGGUUUUUAAACGGAGAAACUACACCAUAAACAUCAGGCUUUUGAUAGGUUGAUCUAGUCAAAAUCAAGUAGGUUUUCGUUUAGUACAUUAACUAAUUUACUUCGUAACUCGAUAUCUCCCGACAAAGUGCCACAAUUAAGAAUUGAAAUCGAAAAAUACAUGUUCCUGAAUAGCAUUUAAAUAAGUUUCACAGUCCGACAAUCUGAUAUUAAAGGGCAAGAUGCGACAUGUGUGAUAUCGGGAGAUCUCUUUGAACGAAUGCUGUUAGAUUAGUAUUUUUAAUAUUAUAUUUUACAUAAAGUAUGAGUAUGUGUCACAUAUGGAAUAGGUGUUAAGGUUGCGACAUCAAUUUUUUUUUAUUGAGAGAUUCGUUACUCAACACGAAGUUUAUAUUUGACCUUCGAACUGACACAUGUUUGAACAUGAGGUAAUAAAACAUUUCUAUGAAAUUUAAUUUGAUAGUUUUAAAAACACUAUCUAAAAUACUAAACUAAUUAUCAAUUUUAAGAUAAUAUAAAAAAAAAUAUUUCCAAUCACAUUGUUAUCUGGGAAUUUAAUGGCAUGAUAACAGCUGAGCACUAGAUGAUUACUGAAACUAGCCGGGAAUAAUUAUUACAUACCCCGAAAAAAUUACAUACCUGGAGAAUGGCUUACUUAACUUUGAUGAGCCCCAAUAUUAUUACAAUAAAAAGAGUCAUUUUUUAGAAUUGUCAUUUUGACAGUAUUAUAAUUUCUGUAUUGUCAUGCCCCGCUUACGUUGACUUAAAUGUGUUCGAUCAGGAUAUGUAUUAUUCACAAUUUAUAGUAAAUUGAAUUUUAACAUUGGAUGAUUGCGAAUAAAAUAGUAUACAAACUUUGAAGAAAGGCUUUAUCGAGCUUCGCUCUCGAACAGUUAAUCAACGCUCGGCUGUAAUGAAGCUCUUCCUUGCUUGGUUUGUAAUAUACUAUUUUAUACGUACUCGUAAUAUAAAAAUUUUUGAUUCACUAACUUUGUCAUUUGUGAUUUGUGAUAAUCAGUUGAUGUAUCUAACACUACAUUUUAUUGCUGUAAAAAAUAUUUGCAAUAACUUUCUUCUUCAAGUACUUUUGUAUCAUUGUAAGCAGAGCGUUAUAUACCGGUUGUCCUAGGCAGGUUUGGAUAUAGGAAUUUAACAUGAGAAAUUAGUUUUUAUUUUUUUCCGGCUGCAGGAGUAACAGAAAUUAAAAUCUGAUUAAUUGAGCUUGUAGUGCUCGAAAAGGGCUAUCUUAUCGACAUUUUCCAAUUAACUCCAUUUGCGCGAAAAUGGCCCUCGAAAAAUCGAAAUUUAAAUUUGCCGGGUUGCCGUUACUAAGAAACGAACUAUCAAGUCAAAUUCUGACAAAUUCUCCUUUGGCAACAAUGACUUGAUAGUGCGUUUCUUAGUUACGCUAACCCGCCAAAUUUAAAUUUCUAUUUUUUGAGGGUCGUUUUCGUCCAAAUGGAGUUAAUUCGUCGACAAAAAUAUCGAUAAGAUAGCCCUCUUCAAGCGCUACAGGCUCCAUCAAUCAGAUUUUGAUUUCUGUUACUCCUGCAGCCGGAAAAAAAUUAAAACUAAUUUUGCAUGUUUAUUUUGCUAUAUCCAAGUCUGCCUGAGACCCACGGUAUAACAUUUUUCGUGAAAUAUAAUCGUUAGCGACUUACAGUGCUUUAAUAGAUGAUUAAAUCCACGUGGCCGGAAUACCCAGAAUAUUUAUAACUAUGCAAUCAAUUUAACUUCUAGAAAAAGUAUUGUUGCCAAUAGUCAUGUCAUUAAAUAUUUCAUACGUAACCUUAACCCAUUUACAGUGUGGGACUUGUUCUAAAAAUAUUGGUCAUUAUGAUGCAUCAUUAGAAUUAUUUUUUGCAUGUAAAUGCAUUUAGUUCUUUUAAUGAUACUAUGGGCAUUAUUAAAAUGUAACAAAUUGCAUAUUAAAACAACUUAUCUGAAUAUCGUUUUAAAUAGGUCUUUCCCUUUAAUAUCACGAUAAAAUGUGAGCUUCCACAGACGAAGCGCGGGUCUCUGAUUUGCUUAGUGCAUUUGCAUCGUUUGCUACGUUAGCUUGUCUCUUGUGUUGCGCUCCGUAUAUGCUUCUGCUAUUCUUGCUGCUGAUCGAUCUGUAGCCUCUUAAAAUGUUAUUUCCGAAACACAACACGGAUUAACUUAACUUGUGCAUUCUUUUAGGUGCAGAUCUCAGUAACUUUACAUAGUUUGUACCGUACACAAGCUACGCAUUAUUGUUGCUACAUAUUAACUUUAUUACAUAGUCCAUUGUUAACCUAACCUAGAAUAAUUUUUCUUAAAUAUAAUAUUAUAUUAACCUGCAUGUCCCUAGAUCAGACAAUUUCGUCUUGUUCUACACUUAAUAUAGUUCUAGAUUUUGCUGUUCUUUAGCGGUAUUUAUUCAUAUGCAUGAAAUGUUUGGUCAGAGAAAUUACAUUUUAUUUGCAUAUUAAAUUUUCAGACCCGAGCUUUUUUAUUACGAAAGUUGAUAAAAAAAUAAAAAUUCACCACGUAUUUUUCAUAUUUAGAGUGAUAUGGAAAACAGAAAAUUCUUAUCCAAUUUGACUUCCAUGUUUUUCUACAGCACCUCAUAUUUAAACAAGAUUUCAGUUAGUCUCAAAUGUUAAGUUAAUUUUCACUUCCAAUUUUAUUAUACACACAUAUUGAUGAUACUAAAUAUAUAAAAAGCAUAGUGAUUUUUUAAAUAUCGCGUCCUUUUUAGAGUGUUGCUGCUUCCUCAACAAAAUCAAUAUAAACAUAAGAGAAUGAACACCAAUUAUGCCGUUUACACAUUAUGUAUAUAAAUAUAAAAUACUGAACCAAAUCAUGUACUUGUACAUUUUACAAAUAGUCUUUUUUUUAUUAAUAUAUCAAUAGAAAUUAUGUAUAAGUGGUUUAGUUUUCGUUUUUUACGUAAUGUGUCAACAGCGAGGGAAACUAUCAUUUACGCCUAGGUAUGUUUGCUUUAGAUUUCCUGAAACCUUUGCUAUGCUUAUGCGGCUGUUGCUGAAUGCCUCGGGCUUUGCUUAUAAAUAAUGUGAUUAUAUACUUUUUGUUAAGGCUUUGGUUUUUGUUGUAAUUACAUUUUUUUGUGAACCGGUCAGUUACUGUUAAAUUUUAUAAAUAGACAGUAGUUUUUUAUUGAUGUGUUUUUACGUAUUACAUUUUGUUGUUUUAUAUUUUGUUAUUUGGUAACUGACAAAGGCUGGCGUGUUUUGUUAUGGGAGACUUCUGAUCCUAAAGUAGAAUUGACCUGCGCAAUGAUCAGGUCAGCAGGCUGCCCAUUUUAUUCUAAUUGUUGUUAUUGAUAUAUUUUUUAAACAUCUGAUAAAAUUACCUGAAAAUAAAGAGAGUGAAUUUUUUAUAUGAGCCACAAUGGAAGAAAACUUUUUUAAAAUCUGCUAAUCAAAUACAAUACUAAUAUUUGUAUAAAAUAUACUUUGUAUAUAGUGGCUCAUUAUUUUUUCAUUUUAUCAACAACAAUUUUGUGAUAUUUUAGUAACGAUUGUUAUUUAAGUCACAUCAUAAAGCAAACAAUUAGUUGUUUGCAUCGUCUGUUAAAAAACAAACGCAGAUAAGGCAUCUAAGCCUUUUGCCUUUGUUUUUUGUCAGCUCUGUUAAACACUUCCACGGAAUCUCGUUCUCUGAGUGCUAUUGAAUCUUCAGCUAUAUUUUAAUGAGUACUACACAUUAGUGAACGAGAAGAUCGUGGUGAGUUAAUUUUAAGAAUUCAUUUGCAGUAUCCUAUAGAGAGGCGAUAUAAUUCAGAAAUAAGGAGAAACAGUGCAGAAAUGUUGUAACACUUAUUUUUUGAAAAAUAUAACUAAUAAAGAUUUAUGGAAAUAUUAUUCUCUCUAACGAUCAAUAAACGUACAUGAUAAAAUAAGUAAAUAUGGGUGUAUGCAUGAUAUAUUUAAACAACCAUAAUUACGAUAUUGGAUUUAUGAUUUCUCCUUAUUAUUGAAUAUUAGACAGGCAUGUAGAAGGAAGUUGUCUGGUUCUAUUAAGGGCCACAUGACAUGUCUUUGGUUUUAGCCUCAAUGAGUGUUGAUGUUAAAAAUUAUUUAUUCUUAUAUAACUUAUAAUAAAAAUAUCAUUGUGUUGGGGGCCAUUUUACCGCUUGGAGAUACUUUUCUGCAUGCCUGUCCUUGAAGCGGGUGAACUAAUUCAUUUGAUAAAGUGUGCGAUUACAAUUGAUUAUUAAUAUUAUAUAGGAAAAAUGCCGAUUGUCCUUGCCUUUAUUAUCCUGUUGACAUCUAUUUUAUCAAAUUGUGCCAUACACGCUGAAUACGUAACCCGUUUUGAUCUGUAUUAACUAUUCAUUAUUCUGUUGGAACUAUGAAUUUUCUUAUUUUAAAAGGUGGUCAAACAUUUUGUCAAAUUUCCAUGUUCACGUUAUGUCUUGUAGACAUAUUAUGAUAACUAAUUAUUGAUAUAUUACCUAUUGUUUAUUAUUAAUUAAAUAUAAGAAUAAACUAAUGAUGUGAUGAUGAUCGGUAGAUCAUACGAGGAGGCUUUUAAGCCUACCAUUUUCUGAAUAUAGUAGCGUUAAAUAAACCAUUAUGUGAAAAUU